UACCGUGUAUAUUUCCUAGUAGCUUAUAAUAAUUUUUGCAUAGCGUGUGCCGUCACUAUGUCCCUAUUCUCCAAUCGGACCAUAAGUGUUGGCUUCAGAAAGUAUGCAGAUGUAAUUGAGAAGAAACUGGCAUAUACUUCAACCAGUUUUGUACUUCUUUAUGGAUUCUAUAUUUAUUGGUUUACACCCACAAUUGUAUAUAAUUCUGUAUUUAUGGCUUGGAUUCCUGAUCCGAA